AUGAUUAAUUCCUUUGGUUUUAUUAUGAUUGAAACUUUUUUUUUCUAUAAAGAUAGUGAACAAGGUGAAGACCAAUGGAGAGAUUUUACUGGUCUUGAAAGCAAAGAAAUUCGUCGUGGAUUUAUUCGAAAGGUUUAUUCAAUUCUUAUGAUUCAAUUAGUGAUUACAUUUGGUCUUAUCGCAAUAUUUCAUUUUAUACUAUCGAUUCAUGAUUACGUGCGAAGUUCGAAUGGUCCAUGGCUUUAUUGGAUAUCAUAUAUUGUUUUUUUGGUUAUUUAUUGUGUAUUGAUUUGUUCACAACGUGCCGCACGAAGGUUUCCACUUAAUCUUAUUUUACUCGACAUUUUGAUGGGUAUGAUUUCAGCAUAUUACAAAAUUGAAUCAGUAUUAAUCGCUGUUGGUAUAACAGUAUUCGUUUGUUUGGGUAUUACAUUAUUUUCCUUUCAAACAAAAUAUGAUUUUACAUCAUGUUUUGGAGUUUUACUUGUGAUUUCAUUGAUAUUUUUAGCUUUUGGAAUCGUUUGCAUUUUUACUUAUUCAAGAUUCUUGGCUGUUGAUACACGAUUACUUAUCGGUGGAAAACAACAUGAAAUAAGUGCUGAAGAUCAUGUUUUUGCAUCAUUGAUGCUUUAUAUUGAUGUUCUUUAUAUAUUUAUAUAUAUUCUUAGUUUGUUGGGCAAUUGGAAAUAAAAUUACUUUUUUUAAUAAAAUGUUAACACGUAUUGUAUAACAAUUAUCGUGCAUAGUUCACUUUCAUUUCUUCGUUGCCUAUAUCCUCUUUAUUAUUUGCUUCUAUUCAUCUAUUGAAACUUCAACUCUAGGCUUUAUAAGAUUUCAUGUAUCAAUGGCUCUAUAUUUGUGUUUAAUUAUAUUUGGAAAGAAAAAUAAAUUUGUAUUUGUGUGCUGAUGUCACGUCAUUAUAAAUUAGACAACAAAGAUAAAGAAAAAACACUUUAAUUCAAGUUCAAUGAAAGUGUGACGCAAUUGAAUCGCUCCCUCUUCUCUUUUACCAAUUGUGCUUAGUUCUUGCAGUUGUUUCUUUUUCAAUAAUGAAUAUAUGACGCCAAAGUACACACUUAAGAGACACUUUUCUAGAUCAUGUCAAGAAUCAUGUCAUACAAAAACACUAUCAUCUAUCUUUUUGAUUAUCGCACAUGAAAGGGCUUGUAAAAAAGCCUAUAAAGUCAAAACUCUAGAAUUCUCUGAUUGAUAUUUGAAUAUAUACGAAAGAAAUAUUCCUUUUUAAAUAUGAGGCAAUCAUCUACAUCCACACCCUAUACCCACCAUCUGUGGGUGGUAUGUAGCUUCUUUAUUAAAACUCAAAUGUUUAAAGCAGAAACGAAUUAGAUGAAUAGAACCCAAAAGAGAUUGAUUGUGUUGUCCGAAAAAUUAAGUCUCUACUUUGUAUCUUCAAAAUAUAUAUGAAAAAGAAAAAAAAUAAUGACAUAUGAAAGUUGUUAUCGGUUUAGGUCUCAUUCAUCAUGCUAGUUUUCUUCUUUGUUCGUAAUUUAAAUUCUCAAGGCUGUAUGAGAAGAAAUACGGGAUCGAAACCAGAUAAGAGUUUGCAACAUGAUAUAAACAGCCACUAUCAACUCUUCUUUUUAAAUAAUUAUCAAGAAGGUAAAAGAUGAAUUGAAGCUUUUUAUAUAAUAAUAUUCUUCGUAGGAACCUGAUAUCCAUUAAAUCAAUCGUUACAUCUUACAUAUUCAAGAGGAAAAAAAACACAAGAGUAACCACCUAAUGAGACAUAAUAUUUGGAAAAAAGUGAGCGAUUAGGUAACGCCUAUUCACAAACUUUUAAAAGACGAUUGAGGAAGGAGUCAAAAAUAAGUCAUUUUACUCAUUAGGAGUUUACUUUCAAGGAUUUGUUUGUAUAAGAGGAGAUGAACGUGCGUGAAGAGAUGAAAUAUGGGUGUGGGUAUCAUUCUGUUCUUCAAAAACAAAUUUAGACACAAACGGAGACCCAGACUCACACCCCACACCCUAAAUAUUCUCGACUGCAUGAAUAUGAUGCAUUGCGUGUCUCCACAUAUUUAAAAUGUUUCUGCUGACUAUGCAUUGCAAAGUGCUCUCCAGUUUUCAGUGCAUCCCUCGCAUGGUUUAUAAGAUUUUGCUUCAAUAGCAUACAGAAAAUACGACUGUAACUACGUAAUUGAAUUGUUUCAUGAAGAGUGACUUAAUAUUGACUUUAGCCACUGUUUGUGGAUGAUAGCUCUCAUAUAAUCACACACACACAUGCACACAGAUUUGAUAGAAAUAUCAAUUGCAUUUCUUCUUCUUCUUUUUGAUCUUACUAUAGUCUGUCUCAACCACUAAUUCGUUUUCAAGGAUUUUUGCGUUAUUCUUCUAUUUUUCGGUUUCAUCUUGGCCAGUUUGACGAAAAUAUCUGUCCCAUUCAAUUUCUGAUGAUGCAUAAGUUAAACGCUGUCUUCAUCGUUCUCGCGAUGACCACAAUCUAUUCGCUCACCCCUGUCGCAGCCGAUGUCACUUGUCUUGAAUGUCUCAGCAUUCGGUUGAAUUUGACAGCUGACACGAAGAUUAACACCAGCAGUUGUACGAACAUCGAAGCCAAGUUCUGUCUAUCAAGUCUACGCCUGGAUUAUGGGUAUGAAAGUGAGAGCUUUGCACAGUUUCUCGGGUCUCCUACAGAGGUGCUCCUUAGAGGUCUGCGGGACAGUCCCGAAUCCCGAAAAAUCCCGAAUGUCCCGUCCCGCGGGACAAUCGGGAUUGUCCCGAAAAUUUUUCGGGACGGGACAUUCGGGACCGGGACAAUUCAAAAAAUUUCGGGGCGGGACAUUCGGGAUUCGGGACUUUUAAGAAAAACCGGUUGUCCCGAAAUUCCAAAAUUCAAAUAUAAGAAUAUCUCGUAAAUUUGAGACUUAUUAUUUCUAACAAAUAUUUUGAUAUUUAAAUGAAUAAUAUAACAGAAAAGCC